AUGGCGUUGACCACACCCAAUCCCGAGCACCUUUACGGUCUGGUUGAUAUGGGAAGCAAUGGCAUCCGCUUCUCCAUCACCGACCUCUCACCACCAACAACAAGAAUCUUACCCACACUAUACACUUCACGCGCCGGCAUAUCUCUCUACGAUGCCCAAUAUUCCUCUAACGGCACACGCGUCCCCAUCUCGGACGAAAUCAUAAAAACUGUAGUCGACAAGUUAUCCCACUUCAAACGCACCUGCGCCGAUUUCAGUGUUCCGGAACAAAAUAUUACUGUUCUGGCGACUGAAGCCACUAGAACUGCUGUUAAUUCUCAAGAAUUCAGAGAUAGUAUCAAGGAAGCUACUGGAUGGGAGGUCAAGAUGCUUGCCAAGGAGGACGAGGGCAGGGUUGGUGCAUUGGGUGUUGCAACAUCUUUGGGUGAGGUCAAAGGUUUGGUUAUGGAUUUGGGCGGUGGAAGCACGCAAUUGACUUGGUUGGUCAGUGAUGCCGAGACUGGCGAGAUCAAGAUGCCUGAGAGAGGUGCUGUUAGUAUGCCUUUUGGCGCUGCAGCACUCUCUCGCCGCAUCGCAGAGGCCGAGAAGCAAGGCGAAAAAGCAAAAAGACAGUUUGCUGAGGAAGUCAAGCAGACCAUUACUGAUGCGUAUAAUAGCUUGAGUAUCCCUACAGAGCUGCAGGAGUUGGCGAAACAGCAGGGUGGCUUUGCUUUGUACCUCUCUGGCGGCGGGUUUAGGGGUUGGGGCUUUGUGCUUAUGAGCGAGCACGCCGUAUCUCCCUACCCAAUCUCUCUCAUCAACGGUUUCUGCGUUGAUAGAAGCACUUUCUUGAAUACGGUAUCAGUGCAACAGGCAGCAAACUCACACCUCGACUCCGAAGACGACAGCGCCAUCUUCCGCAUCUCCCAACGGCGAGCAACCCAAGUCCCCGCAGUUGCAUUCCUCGUCACCGCACUCUCAGAAGCCCUACCACACAUCAAAGAAGUCCGUUUCUGUCAAGGCGGUGUCAGAGAAGGCUAUCUCUUCUCUACUCUACCUCAAGAAAUCCGCAAGCAAUCUCCUGUCGUGGUUGCCACUUCUGCUGCUGCAACGCCUGGAUCUGCUCACCAUGCAGAUUUGCUUACACACUCUAUUCCUUCUAGUUCUCUCGCUGGUACAGGACUGAGUAUCCCCCUGAUUCAGGCUUUCGCAAAUCUGUCUCCGCAUUUUUCGUCCCAUCCUAAGGAUAUCCGUGCUGCGGCUGCUUUGCGCUGUACAACCACUGGUCUUCUAGCUCACGCUCAUGGUCUCUCACACGCUGAACGAGCAUGUCUCGCCCUGCUGCUUUGCAACCGCUGGGGCGGCAAGAAGGACCUUCCUCCCACAGACGUACCUUUCCUACACAGCAUGCAAGCUCUAGUGGGUCCUAAAGCAUCUUGGUGGUGUGCCUAUCUCGGUGCCGUGGGUGCCUUGAUCGGAGCAAUUUAUCCAUCAGGCCGUGGCAAUGAAUUCAUGAGUCUUGCCUCAGAAUGGAGUGUUUCUCACAAGAAAGGAGACAAGAUGUUGGUGUUACAGACAAAAGAUAAGCAAGCUUCUUCUCUACGUUCAAUGGCUCAUGAAGAAAUGGAAAAGAUCGAGAAGAUAGGAAAGAAGAAGAAUUGGAUUGGUGGGAAAGAGGGGUAUGGAUUCAAGGUCCAGGUGCUGUGA